CCUAACGAUGCAGGCUAUUUGUCUCCUUUUAAUCGCAUGGUUUUGCAUUUCAGUUUCAGGUGCUAGACAGUCAGGAAUACAACAUAACGUAUUACAGCAUGGAGAUGUUGUUACAAAGAGUUUAGCCACUGAUCCUCAAAGUCUCAACCAGGUCGACACUGGUCAGAACAGGGCACAAUUCAGUCAUGAUCAAAGUAGUACACAUUUUGGAACUGACCAAAACGGGCCACAAUUUGGUUUCAAUCAACCUGAUACACUCGUUGGCACAGAUCUUAGCGGUCAAAUGCCAAACAGAAAUGGUGAACAACAGUUUCCUGAACAAUUUCCUGAUCGAAAUGGUGGGCAACAGAUGCCUGACCGAAAUGGUGAACCACAGUUUCCUACUCAAAAUGGUGAACAACAGAUACCUAGCCAAAAUGGUGAACAACAGUUUCCUAACCAAAAUGGUGAACAACAGUUUCCUGACCAAAAUGGUGGGCAACAGUUUCCUAACCAAAAUGGUGAACAACAGUUUCCUGAUAGUAACGGCGAACAACAGUUUCCUAACCAAAAUGGUGGACAACAGUUUCCUAACCAAAAUGGUGGACAACAGUUUCCUAACCAAAAUGGUGAACAACUGUUUCCUAUCCAAAAUGGUGAACAACAGUUUCCUAACCAAAAUGGUGAACAACAGUUUCCUGGCCAAAAUGGUGAACAACAGUUUCCUAUCCAAAAUGGUGAACAACAGUUUCCUGAUCAAAAUGGUGAACAACAGUUUCCUGAUCGAAAUGGUGAACAACAGUUUCCUGAUCGAAAUGGUGAACAACAGUUUCCUAACCAAAAUGGAAAACUCGAUGAAAUUAGAAACAGAAACAAUGCAAGGUACAAAGAUUCAGAAUGGUGGGGUAUUGAUUCUACUGAGGGACAGUUUCCUGAUCGAAAUGGUGAACAACAGUUGCCUAACCAAAAUGUUGAACAACAGUUUCCUAACCAAAAUGGGAAACUCGAUGAAAUUAGAAACAGAAACAAUGCAAGGUAUGAAGAUUCAGAAUGGUGGGGUAGUGAUUCUUCUGAGGGAAAUUUUCAGUCAGUAUUAAAGGCAAGGAAAUUUAAAACCAAAAAUAGGUUUAUUAAACACCAACGGCCGUUUUAUAACCGAGAAUGGUCCGAAGAAAGUGAUAGCCGUGAUUGGGAUAGCGACAUAUAUACCAAAGAAAACACCGAUAAGCUUGGCAAACAUAAAUAUCAAAUUAGAAAAAGAGUAAAUUACGAUACAAGUAGCGAUGAUUCGUUUUGGGAUUCAUUUGAGAACAGGGACAGAACUUAUCCUGACCGGAAGCUCAUUGUGGUAAGAAAACAACAUAGAAAAAACAGACGUCUAUAUUCUAGCGAUAGUGAAAGUGAUAGACGCGAUUGGGAUAGCAACAUAUAUUCCAAAGAAAACACGAAAACCGAUAAUCUUCGCAAACAUAAAAAUAACAUUAGAAAAAGAGUAAACUAUGAUACAAGUAGCGAUGAUUCGUUUUGGGAUUCAUUUGAGGACAGGGACAACACUCAUGGUGACCGGAAGGUCAUUAUGGUAAGAAAUCCACACAGAAAGAACAGAAGGCUAUAUUCUAGCGAUAGUAAUCAGUACGAUGAUUUCGAUGAGGGUUACAACUAUAUAAUUGAUAAUCAUGAUAAACAAUCUAAACUUCAUAAACGGGGGAAAAUUAACGAUGAUAUUGACGGCUGGGACGAUUCUUCUAGUUCAUUUUGGGAAGAUACAGAGAGUGAUCAAAGAGGGUUUUACAAACCAAAACAUAAAUUUAAUUUGAAGAAUAGUCGAAAUUUUUACGAUGGUGAUAGUUUAUACAGCGAUAGCUGGGAAGAUAGUAGCGAAAACAACGACAAAAGAAAACAUUAUAAGUCUUAUAAGUUCGAACGUGGUGUCAAUUAUGACUGGGAGAGUGAUUCUUGGGAAAGUGAUGGUUGGGAUUACCAAAGUAAAUUGAAAACAGUUCCGAAAACAAAAAAUACUGUAUAAAUUGGAAUAAAGUAUAUUGAUGUCAAACACUUCAACGAUUAUUUAGACUAUGGCGGUGAUAACCGUAAAAUGAACCACAUAUUAAAUAACGUAAAGCUUGCUUGAUAUGAAACUACCUAUUCGGUUUGAUAGCUAAAACAAAUUUUCAUUUCAAAGUGUCAAGUCUUGUUAUUUAACAAAAAUAUUUAGACAAUGGCGACGAUAACCCAAAAAUAAAACACUUAUUUUGAAAAUAUAGUAUGACGACGAGCUUGUUAUGAAACUACCUAUUUGGUUUAAUAGCUAAACCAGAUUUUCAUUUCUAGGUGUCAGGUCUUGUUUUUUAAAUAAAAAACAAUAAUUAAAUGCCCGACGGCUAAAUAGAUAAUGAAUCGAAAUAUGUUCGACCAAAGGAAAAUUAUAGAAAGAAAGGAUUAUAUCUUCUUUACACAAGAAAUGUACGAAAAGCUAUAUUUUUUUUAUUCUUCUUUUGAGUGAUUUUUUGCAUGAUAAAUAAAAAAAUAUGACGAACGAUUACACAUUUCUUAUAACACACAUUUUUUAUUAUUUAUUAAUAAAUGGUUACAUUUGCUUCGGGGCAUAGAUGAAAGUGUUGUAAAAUGUCAGAAGGAUGGUGUGUUGUGUAUAUUUUUGACAAAUGUGUGUAAAUACCAUAGAAAUUAGAAAAUGUAUACAUGUAUAACGAUUUCAUCUACACAAUCUAAAUUAAGACGUCUGGAAUUAUUUUUAACUUAAUACAAAACAAGCUCGAGGAGUUUUUCAUGUAACGUAGUAUGCACUUUGGAUAAAAUAUAUUUUUUGUUACAAGAUUGUGCAAAAUCAUUGUAAUAUCGAAAUUCAAGUAAAAUAAAUACAUAUUUGGUAUUGCCUUAUCAGGUUUGAUAUUUACUGAAUAGUAGAAUAAACUUUCUUAAACGUC